AUGAUGGCAGAAGAUAAUUCAAUGAUUGGACUUGCAACACCCACUCGUUUUCUCAUCGAAAAUGGCGAAUGGAAUCUCACACCUAGCUUAUCUGGUUCCAUCCAACAUGAGAUCAAUCCAUUUGACGACUGCAACUACCAACAACACCAUGCCUCUAUGAAACCUAUAGAAGCACCCACAGUGAAAUGGAUGGCUGCUCCUGUUCCUGCUCCCACUAUUCCUGCUUCCGUUGCGGCUAAUACUGAAUACAACACAAACGUCAUGUUUAAGUCACCCGAACCUGAAGCUGCAUUGAUGAAAUCCCCUCCAACUCCUCCAAUGUCCCUUAGCCAAAGCCCCAGUAGUUCUACUGUGUCCUUCACCAUGAACGAUCUUUUGGUCGAUACACCCCCACAAGCACCCGUUGCUCCUCGCAAUAAUACCGAAUUUGCUGCUUCGAAUGUACAUAAUUUAUCACCUUCGACCUCCUUUGAUGAACCAGUCCAACGCCGUCGCAGCAGCUCCUCUGCAAGAAAUGCCAAAUCUAGAACUUCAUCAUAUAAAGAAAUGGACGAUUACUACCAACCUACUGAAACUACGAAUUCCAAAUCUGUGCAAAGCGGUCGUAAGCGACGCAUUGUUUUUGAAGGAGACGAUGCAGAAGACCGCAGAAAGAAAUUUUUAGAGCGCAAUCGUGUUGCUGCCUACAAAUGCCGUCAAAAGAAGAAGAAUUGGAUGCAAGAGCUUGAACAAAAGGCUGAAAUCCAAAACAACCAAAAUGAAGAGCUUCGUAACUUGGUAGCGUUACUCAAAGAAGAGAGCAUGUAUCUUCGCAAUUUACUCUUGACUCAUGGUAACUGCGAUUGCGACUCUGUCCAAGCCUAUCUUCGCAAGCAAUCCGCUGAAAUCACAAACAACACAAUGGCCUCUAGAAGAAGCUCAAUGGCAAGCAAUUACCCCACUAUGCCUUCCUUUACAAAUUCCUUUAGUUCCGCAUCCACCAUGCCUCCUUUCAAUGAACAACCUACUGGCUUGACACCCUUUCUCGACACAGUGAUUAACAAAUUACCUCAGGAUUCUCCAGAUUACUUUUCAACAUCCCACACUGAAGCUUAA